AUGGCACCAUGUUAUACUUUGAUUGCAUCUAAUACGGCAGGCUGCCUCUUGGAUAGACGGAGCGUUCAGCUUUCCGGCGAUCGGAAUCCUAUUUUCUUCUCAGAAUCGCACCGUCCAUUGAUUCCGAUUCUUACAACGAUACCUUCGUUGGCUAAGUCGCUACAGGCAGAAACCGAAUCCAUCGAGUUUGCUUUCAAAACUACGAUUACUGUUACUGCAACUGCAACUGCAACUAUAGCUGGUUCGGCCAACACACGCUUCUCAAGUUAUCUGUCAUCAAGUUCUAAACCGUUGAUCUUGACGCCGUCAAGCUCUAGGCCAUCGCAUUCACUACAAUCGAGAUUUGUAUUAUCAACUUCUACGCCACCAGUUUCUACAACAGUAGCAGUACCCAGUCGCGCAGAAGCCACACAAUCUAUGGUAGUGCCUGGGGAGUGUUCUCGCUCAAACGGAGUCGAAAGUUCUGCAGGCAUUGCAAGACGGUUGCUCUUAAUCCCUGUUGGGAAACAAACACCGUCUGCCAAUGGUGUUCACAUACUAGCCUCGCAAAUUGACAAACGACCAAGUAUAUCGAGAACGAAUAGAGGCGAGGCUGCAUCCGUAUCUAGUUUAAAUUCCCAGCUCACCCGCGAUACCAAGUCAGGAACUUCUCAGCGGCUUCCAGUUGGUGUUUCUAUCCCCUCGUCGUUUUACCCUCAUAACCUAAGCGCCAGGGUUGCCAUUAUAGAACCAAGAAUUCUACAGCUAAACUGGGAGAGCUCAAGGGCGAAUCCAAACAUUUUGAAUCCCAGCACUUCAGUCAAUGGUAGUGAGGAACGGCGGGACCAUACCUCGUCUAUCGCAUCAAUCAUCGAUGAAUACGCCCAGAUACCCGAUGAAAAUGAGUAUUCCGGUAGCCACCAGGCAAAUAAGGGUGUUAGAAACUAUAUGAAUUCAAAUCUAAGACAUGAUGGGAGCUCCUCCGCCAAUUUACGAAUGGGAGACUUUCAGCCCAAAAAGCGGGACAACAGCCCGGUUAUAGGGACGAGGUCCGUUUUACCGAAUCCAGCGCGUAAAUACUUCCAAAGUAAUGGGAAGCAAGAUUACUCGGUUGCAGGCCCCAUGGCACCAUAUGAUAGACGCAAGAAGAAACAAGAUACACAACCUUCGCCGUCGAAAACUGGGCAAUUUGGAUCUGCCCCCAGGAGCGAGUCUUCAUUUGGUGCUCCAAAGGAAGACGCUAGGGUCCAGACACCCAGAUACGAAAAACAGGACAACCAUAGCGACGUGAAUUCAACUCCAGUGGAAUCUCCACGUGCCACUCAGCCCAGCUCUAUGACAUCGAUGAUCUCCCCACAGAUGUUAAGAUCCACAAAGGCUAGUAAUGGUUCUCCCACUCCAGCUUAUCGCGCUGGGCUAAUUAGGAGUAGCUGUGCUCCUUCCAAUACAACGCGGGAUUCAGACGCAAAUAUUAGCAGAAUGCUACGUCAAUGGGCUUUUAUUGAUCAGCAAAAUUUUGGGUUGAAAGAUCACUGUCCAGGACGAUCUUCUUCAACUUGGGAUGUAUAUGAUAGCCAUUCAAAAGCAAAACUGAAGUCCCAUGUGCUGGGUAUCAGAAGAUCAAUUUCUACACGUUUGCCAGGGAUCUUAUCGAAAUUGUCCUUCUCAGGGAAUAGGGCGGCAAGAAAGAGUAAGGAUGCUGAAUUUCAGGCUGCGGAUUAUCCUGACAAUGAAUUUCCCUCCUAUCCUUAUUCCGUCACAUUUUCUGCAAAGAACGGGAACCCCGGAAAGAAUCGGAUUGGUGAGGCUCUUAGGUAUAACUCUCAUAAUCCGGGCUUCAGGGGGCCUUAUUUACUGCAGCGAACAUACAGCGAAAGUGUCUAUUCACGACCAACAACACUGCAACGGGUCCCAGAGGGUCAGCAGGAAGGCGUCGAUCACAGCGUUGACCCAGGAUAUUUAGACCAGAUAUUUAUUAGUCCACAAGUUUAUGGAAAUUCAGAAGCAGGACCUAGUAAACACUCACCUGCGACCUCGUUCCCCAAUGGAGGCGGUGGUGGUAGUGAUAAUGACAAACUUGCGAGUUAUAAAUUCAACACACAUCGCGAGCGAUAA